UUUUGUCACACAUUCUCUCGCUUGGCACCUCGGUGCCUUUAUCUCUUCGACAGCAACAGAAACUCACACAGAGACACGGAACAAAGUCCACCACUUUAUCUACCAACCAGUCAGACACAGCAGAGGCAGCUGGGAUUGUGGCAGCAAAGAUGGCAAAUAAGGCUGAUGUUAAGGCCAUCAUGGCUCGCUUCCAAACAGCUGGGACAAGUGUUGACGAAACGUCCUCCUCACCAGCUGGAUGUCCCAAACAGCCCCUUCACCCCACCCUUUCUUCUGGGCCACCUAUACAGAAGAAACCUGUCUUGGAGAGCCUCUCUGGCAGUGCAGCAAAUACCCCUCCAAAACCAUCUUUCCUGAAAAACGCAGCAUCUACCACAAGUAACCCAGAUGUACAUGCACCAAAUAAAACUAAAGCCCUGACUAGCAAAUUUGCCAACAACCAGGAUGACACCAGUGCUGGCAACAAACCUUUUGUCAUUAAGAAACAGCAGACACCCUUGAAGCCAAAUUUCUCACAUGCUACUGAAGCUAAAAGUCCUGUACAGAAGUCUCCUCUCACCAAACCAUCCCUCAGCUCCACAUUGUCUGAAUCCAAACCUGCCUUUCCAAAGCCCCCUGUAGUUAACUCAAAGCCCAGCUGGGUGAAGGAAGAUAGUGGUGGGGGUACAGCCUUAACUAGCAGCCCCAUUCCACCCAAAGCACCUAGUUUGCAUAAAAAGCCAGUAAGCAGCGUCUUAAAAAUACAGCAACAGAAUGAAGAACAUGCCGAAGGAAACACAGACACCAUGAACAAACCCUCACCUCUAGCAAAUGCUAACUUUAAGCCCUCCUCCAAUUUCAAGACUGCUCAGAGUAUGUUCAACAAGGAGAAGGAACCAUCAGAGCAGACAGAGAGUGGCGGAGUCAACAAACCAGCCCUUAAUGCCACUAACUCCACUGCUCCUCCCAAACCUCCUGCCAACAAAAAGCCUAGCUUAAAGAAGCCACACAAGGCCUCUACUCAGGCUGUUAAGACUGAUGAUACUUCAGGCCCAAAGCGUAACCCCCUCCCCAACAGUUUAGCUUUGGGUCCUGCUCCUGCUAAACCAAACAGACCCCCCAAAGUCAACCUUGAGAAUAUUAAAAGAGGUGCUGAGGCUUCUGAAGAGGGCCCUGGUUUCAAGAAACCCACCGUCCCAGCUCCCCCAAGCUCUCACCCCAGUAACCAGAGCAACCAUGUGGCCCCAACUCAGCCUUCUGUUGUGCCCAGCUUACCUCCACGACAUCCUGGCACCAUGAACCAGCAAGACAUUUAUGAUGAUGUUGAUGAAAUCAUCAAUGCUCCUCCGCCUCUGCCGCCAUCUGCAGGCCACCCAAGUCACAAGGCAAAGGAGGAAAUUGACAGUGAUGAUGGAGAUAUGUACGAGCCACUGGAUGACCGAUGGGAUGACGCUGAAAAAGCCCAAGAUAAAAAGAAAGAUGAUAAGGAGGAGAAAAAGCGACUGGAGGCUGAGAAAAAGGAGCAGAAAGAACGAGAAAAGAAGGAAAACGAUGCCAGGAAAAGGUUUAAACUGCUCGGACCACUGGAGGUCAUUCAGCAAGGAAAGGCUCUUGUGGAUUGCAAAGGCAGCAAGACUGAUCUGGCUCUGAAGCAGGGCGACUGUGUGGACAUCAUCCGUGUCCAGGGCAACCCAGAGGGGAAAUGGUUGGGACGUACACCAGAUGGAUCAAUUGGUUAUGUGAAGACCACUUCCGUAGAAAUUGACUUCAACUCGCUGAAGAAUCGUCCAGUUCAGUCAACGAAUGACCAGGAGCUCUAUGACGACAUUGAUGUGGCGCCUGAGAAAAGUGGUCUCAAAGGACCAGGAGUUGUUCUCCCACCGUUACCUGGAGAAGAUGGAGAAAUAUAUGAUGAUGUUGUUGAUCCAAACCUGGAAGUGAGUACCCCUAUUCCCAGGUCCACUACUGUGAAGUCUCGAAGCUUCCUGCGGAUGUUUGAUCGAAACAGACAUCCCUACAGCAUUAAAGUAGUGCCUCCACCUACCCAGUUUACUGCAGAUGGGAAUUCAGAUCAUCCAAAAGCAGCAGAUGAUGAGGAGAUAUAUGAUGAUGUUGACUCUCAAAAUGCACCUCCCCCUCCUCCCCUUAGCAGCCUUCCAGGCAUAAAAGGCAAAAGCAAAACUGAAGAAAUGGACCCAAAGAAGCAGAAAAAGUUUGAGAAAGAGGAAAAAGACUUCCGGAAAAAGUUCAAAUAUGAAGGGGAGAUACAGAUGUUGUACCAAGUGAACGUUCUGCCAACAUUUUCUAACAAGAAGUGGGGCGGGAAAGACCUGCCAUUAAAAGCUGGGGAGACACUUGACGUCAUUGUUAAAGCUGUGGAUGACAAACUUAUCUGUCGGAAUGAGGAUGGAAAGUUUGGUUAUGUUUUAACCAGCAACAUUGUCAUGGACGAUGGAGAAAUCUAUGAUGAUAUUGGGGGAGAUGACUGCAUCUACGACAACGACUAAGAAACGUUCUGCAUCGAAUUUUAUGUUUUACACUGAUACUGCUCAUGAUGUGUUAUUUAUUAUAGAUUCAAUUAUAUACACUGUGAGUUAUAGUAAGUUAGUCUGUUAAUCAGACUGAACUGCCAUUCCAUAGUCCCCUUAUUAUAUAUUAAUAAAUGAUUGAAUUGUUGGAAAAUUUAAGAAGUGCCACUUAGAGCUGAAAGCAGGCUUCUUUAAAUGAACAAUGCAAUGCAUCUUAGAAUUAGUUUGUACAAAAACAAAACAAAACAAAACAAAAACAUUUUAAAGCAUUUAUGUUACUUGUGGUGCAUUUGUUUGAACAACAGUAUUUGAUUAUUUCUAUGUUCUUUGUUUUUCUUCUUUUAGAUUGCCUUUUAAUAAGCAGCUGAAAUGCAUUUCUCACUAUUUUUCUACAGUUUGCAACAUUAUAGAAAAAAACUAAAGCAUAUAAAAAGCACAACUUGCUGAUUUCUUUUUAUAUUGUGUCAGUGAUGUAACAUUGUACCAACUAACUAAUGUCAACUGAAAUUGGGAUUACUUUUAAAGCUAACUGUCAAUGUGUUUAAGUGCCAAACUGCCUCAAAUAUGCUGUACAUGCAAUUAUUAUUACAAAGGUGCGCUUGUGCAAUUGUGAAAGAGCAUAGCUUCAGUGAAGACAAUAAAAGAGGCUUACUGUUCCAUUAUGAGAUUUUUUUAAUACAUCUGACACCAUUUUAGAUGAGACCAGUCAAUUUAAGUUAUGUGAGUGAAGCUGGAUGAUGUACUAUAUGAACAACUGAAAGAACAAUCGCAAGAAAUGAAGACUAUUAGUCAUCUCUAUACAGUUGUUCUUUCAGGAAGAGACUUAGCGACAUCUAGUGGCAGCCAUCAGGAUCUGCAGUGCCUGCCGGUAGCAGCUCUGAAAUAACAGAAUACUGCAGUACAUUACAUUGUUAAAUAUUCUUACAAAUUCUUACAAAAAUUCACCAUUUUAAAAUUCUUUUAUUUUUUAUAUAUGAAGAGAAACAUACUUGGAAUAAAUUAAAAACUGCCACAGUGGUUUGCAGUCAUUUAUCUGACCACAAAAAAGCAAAUAUUAACAGCAGCCUUGAUUUUUCUAUCUAUGAAAAUUAACUUUCAUGCAAUCAUACAAAAUCAUCUGCAGAACAGAAUUAGAAUAAUUUUUUUAAAAAGCAGGCUUAAAACUAAUUUUACAAUGUGCUGAAAAUUUAGAAUCAGAAGUUUUAGUAAAAGGGGAAGUUUCUUCACUUAAACAUCUUCAAAUUAAACUUUGGUAUGCAUGUAGUAAAUUAAUAUUAUUCAAGCUAUACACUGGAUAUAAAUAAAGUCCUCGGUGAAAACCAGCACUGCAGAGAUAAAUAUGGUAUAACAAUUUUCCUGAAAAUACUAUGUUCAACAUUCUAAUAAGGAAAAUAUGAUACUUAUUUUCAACAAGAAAGAAAGAAAGAAAGAAAGAAAGAAAGAAAGAAAGAAAGAAAGAAAGAAAGAAAGAAAGAAAGAAAGAAAGAAAGAAAGAAAGAAAGAAAGAAAGAAAGAAAGAAAGAAAGAAAGAAAGAAAGAAAGAAAGAAAGAAAGAAAGAAAGAAAGAAAGAAAGAAAAAGUAUCUCCUUUACUUUCUUCUUUGAAUACUUAUAAAAACUACUUCCGCAUACACCGGAAGUAUCGGUCCGGCCACAUUCAUCAUGGUUCCUCCAGUCGCAGUGUCACCGCUCAUUAAGACGACCAGAUGGUCCGCUCUGCUGCUCGGCAUUUUCUAUGGCAAAAUGAGGUUUGAUUACCUGAAGCCCAUUGCUGAGGAGGAGAGGAGAGUUGAGGAAGCAGAGAAGAAAGCCCGGGAGGAGCAGGAACGCAUUUACAAACAACUGUCUGAAGCAAAUUCCGACACCAUCCUCAAAUGAAUCCUCUUUGGACCUGUGCUAAUACAUUCCAAAUUUAAUAAACUAAAAAUUAUUUUUCAUGU